AUGGCUCCCGACAGGGGUCCUCACUCUCACUCUCGCUCUCGCUCUUCCUCUACCUCAGUCUCCGACCACGAAGACCAUUCACGGUCGCUUCCCUCCUCAUCAGCCGUCCUUGCGCGACCGGGUCAGCAUCUCACUGCGCGAAACCGCUCCGACCAUGCCUGCUAUGCCGGCUCAUCCACGGCCGACCCGGCCCUUGAUGGAACCAACUUCACUUUGCGCGGGUUAGCGGUAGGCACAGGAAUCGGUAUAAUCAUUUGCUUUUCAAACACAUACUUCGGUCUCCAGACAGGAUGGGUCUCCGGUAUGGCCAUGCCGGCGUCCUUGAUCGGAUUCGCAGUCUUCAAGGCCCUCUCGCCGUAUCUUGCCCUCCCCUUCACCCCCGUGGAGAAUGUGCUGGUGCAGACGGUGGCGGGAGCUGUGGGAACAAUGCCCUUGGGUCUGGGCUUCGUUGGGGUGAUGCCGAGUCUGGAAUUUCUUCUCACAAAGAGUGAAGGUGCACCGAUAGACCUCAGCUUAUGGAGACUCUUCGUCUGGGGCGUCGGUCUUUGCCUUUUUGGCGUCGUGUUUGCAGUUCCGCUGCGGAAGCAGGUCAUCGUCCGCGAACGGCUGAAGUUCCCUAGCGGAACUGCCACCGCCCUCAUGAUCUCCGUCCUCCACGGAGGGGCUAAGAACGAAGGAAGCAAGUCCAGCGAUAUUGCAACGCAAGGCACCGAGGAACGCGAGGGGCUGCUGAGAGAGAGCGAACGAGACGACCAGACGAGCCGGUCAGAUGAGCAUGAUGUCCGAGCUGACUGGAAGAAGCAGAUCCGCCUUCUCGUUGUCGCCUUUUCCGGAUCUGGAGUCUACACAUUACUGCAGUAUUUCGUUCCAGUCCUCCACAGAUUACCCAUUUUCGGCACGUAUCUCGCGCACAACUGGGUAUGGAACCUGAACCCGUCUCCAGCAUAUGUUGGCCAGGGCAUCAUUAUGGGCCCGGCGACGACCUUCCACAUGCUUCUCGGCGCCAUCAUUGGCUGGGCCAUCCUCAGCCCAAUAGCCAAGCACAACGGAUGGGCCCCGGGACCUGUUGACGAUUGGGAGACAGGAAGCAAAGGCUGGAUUGUCUGGGUCAGUCUAGCAAUCAUGCUUGCCGACGCGAUUGUGAACUUGGGCUGGCUACUGCUUCUGCCCACGAUCAAGUAUACCCCCAACUGGAUCAGAUCAGUGAAGGACUACUACCGCGCCAGUUCCUCCUGGGCUGACUUCCUGCCUGGGAGGCGUGUCGCGGGAUAUCUCUCGCUCGACACUUCCCCACGCGCGCAAACCCAAAAGCCGGCUGCGGAUGACACCGACGAGCUUCCCAACGACGCACCACCAGAGCAUCUGGUGUCCGGUCGCACCGUGGCCAUUCUGCUACCACUGACUCUGGUCCUCUGCGUUAUCUGCAUCCACAUCACCUUCGGGAGAUACAUCCCCAUCAGCCUCAACAUUCUCGCCAUCCUCCUUGCACUAGUUCUGUCCAUAAUGGGCGUGCGUGCGCUGGGCGAAACAGACCUCAAUCCAGUAUCUGGCAUAUCGAAGCUAACCCAACUAGUCUUUGCCCUUAUCACGCCCGCAGGCAAACACGCCAACCAUGCAAUUGUGAUCAACCUCCUGGCCGGCGCCGUCAGUGAAGCUGGCGCAUUACAGGCCGGCGACAUACUUCAGGACCUGAAAGCCGGGCAUUUGAUCGGGGCGAGCCCUAAAGCCCAAUUCUACGGACAGAUGAUUGGAAGUCUGGUGGGCGCGUUCGUCUCUGCUGCCGUCUACAAGCUCUAUGUCUCGGUAUACCAGAUCCCCGGCGAACUGUUCGAGAUCCCCACCGCGUAUGUCUGGAUCUUCACGGCCCGCCUCGUCACCGGGAAAGGGUUGCCGCCCAUGGCAUGGCAAUGCUCGCUCGUUGCAGGGGCGGUUUUCGCCCUGACCACCUCCCUGCGGAUCUACAUGCUUGCAUAUCGCGACGAGAAGCCGUGGUGUCGCAAGUUCCAUCCCUGGAUUCCCGGCGGCAUUGCGGUGGCGGUCGGCAUGUACAAUACGCCCAGUUUCACGCUGGCACGCACUGUCGGCGGCAUCAUCAGUUAUUGGUGGGUCGGCUGGAAGCAGCGAAGCGAGACGAAAGUGAUCGUGCUCGCCAGCGGCCUGAUCCUUGGCGAGGGUGUCAUGAGUAUCGUCAAUCUCGUGCUGGCGAGUCUGGGUGUGCCUCAUCUGUGA